AUGUUCAGCUCUCAAGCCAAACCAGGCAGGAUUCUCCAGACCCCCCAGUACAGAUACCACUCACUGGCUCCUUUCAACGUAAAGGAGCACGGCUUACUCCGGUUCCGGAUGGUGAGUUCUCCACUAUUUAAGGGACGCCAGCCCCCGUCUGAGAAACCAUUUCGGCCGCUUGUACCGGAUCUCUUCUUUCUUCAGACCAGCUUCAGACCUGAGCAGAAUAAUGUUGGGACUCCUUUCUGUGAAGCCGUUGAUCUGGGCGCUGGGUGUGUGAUGGGGAUCAUGAUGUUUGGCUUUGAGCUCUUCCCAACAACAACAGACUACGAUGCACUCCUCUUCAUCAUCGACCUCCUGGGUCCGCCGCCGCAGCACCUCAUGAAGGCUGCACAGAAAUCUAAAGUGUGUUUUAAGAAGACAGACUGUGGUCAGUGGAGGCUCAAGACACCUGAGGAGUAUUGGGGUCCCGAUCUUUCAUCACAUGACGACAGGAAGUACACGUUCCGCUCUCUGGACGAAGGGAAAAUGCUGUGUCUGGAGCAGGACAACGUGACAGAGGCUGAUGAGAGGAGGGAGUGCAUGGAGCUGUUGAAGGAGACUGGUCGCGUGGGAUGA